AUGCACGCACAGGUCCGCGGCAACAAUCAGGGAGUGCCAUCUCCCCCUUCCCCCUUCCGCCCGCAUCCGGAGGAGCCUUCGAGCGCCGGCCGACCGCAGCGCCGCCAAGCGGUCGAUGGGCGCACCGGCGGCGGCGAGGCCGAGGCGGCGGCUGAGGUGGGGAAGGGGGCUCCACCUCGCGAUGGAAGGACGUCCUGCUGGCCUGCCAGUCCCGGUUGCGACCGCCUCGCCGAGGGCUCGCGUCGCGGCGACACCAGCGGGCACCAGCCAGCACCAACCACCGCGCCGACACCGCCCGCCAGCGGCCACCGCACGGCAUUUCUCGGUUAUAUUGUUCUUCUGCAUGCACCUGAGACACCAACAAUCAAAGCCACCUAA